AUGGCUGAUCAUACCAAUACGACCACUCCCUUGCUGGAUGAUCAUGAUGUCGGAGGAAGGAGAAGCUCAUCUUGGGUUCAAAAAGUGAUAGACGUGGAAGAAUCAAAGGCUCAAAUUAUUUAUGCUCUUCCAAUGAUAUUCACAAAUCUUUUCAUCUAUUGCAUCCCUUUAACAUCUGUGAUGUUUGCUUCUCACCUCGGCCAACUCGAGCUCGCUGGUGCAACCCUCGCCAAUUCUUGGGCCACCGUGACCGGGUUCGCCUUCAUGACAGGGUUAAGUGGAGCACUUGAGACAUUAUGUGGUCAAGGCUUUGGUGCAAAAACCUACAGAAUGUUGGGGAUCCAUCUACAAUCAUCUUGCAUCGUCUCGUUAGUCUUCACCAUCCUCAUAUCUAUCUUCUGGUUCUUCACAGAACCGGUUUUCGGACUUAUCGGACAAGAUCCCAACAUCUCAAGACAAGCUGCACUCUAUAUGAAAUACCAAACUCCCGGUUUACUCGCUUACGGAUUCUUACAAAGCAUUCUGAGAUUUUGCCAAACACAAUCCAUCGUUACUCCGCUAGUCAUCUUCUCAUUUGUUCCCCUGGUGAUCAAUAUUGGUGUUGCAUAUGUUCUGGUCUAUGUAGUUGGCCUUGGCUUCAUUGGUGCUCCAAUAGCUACAUCUAUAUCAUUGUGGAUAGCUUUCCUUUCUCUUGGAACUUAUGUUAUAUGUUCUGACAAGUUUAAAGAAACAUGGACCGGGUUUUCAUUAGAAUCAUUCCGUUAUAUAGUAAUAAACUUGACGUUGAGCCUCCCUUCUGCUGCUAUGGUAUGUUUGGAAUAUUGGGCGUUCGAGAUACUUGUGUUCUUGGCAGGAUUGAUGCCUAACCCGGAAAUCACCACCUCUUUGGUAGCUAUAUGCGUCAACACGGAGUCGAUUAGCUAUAUGUUAACAUAUGGACUUAGCGCUGCUGCAAGUACGCGUGUGUCCAACGAACUUGGAGCUGGAAAUGUAGAAGGCGCAAAGAAGGCCACUUCUGUAACCGUUAAGUUGUCUUUUGUUCUUGCGCUUGGCGUAGUGCUUGCUUUACUUGUAGGUCACGAUGGCUGGGUCGGGUUAUUCAGCAAUAGUCGUGUCAUCAAAGAAGAGUUUGCACCAUUGACAUUCUUUCUUGCUGCAUCUAUAACACUUGAUUCAAUCCAAGGUGUUCUAUCAGGAGUGGCCAGAGGAUGCGGAUGGCAGCGUGUAGUCACUCUUAUAAAUUUGGGGUUUGUGGAUUGGUAUGAUAUGUGGGAUAUUUUGCCAAUGUUCAUCACUCAUGCUUAUGACAAUUUUCCGGAAGUGGACAAAGCUGGAUGCUUCGGUCUGAAGACUAUGUCAUUGUGGACAAGAUUAAUAAUUUUUCUCCAUAUGUUUCAAAACAAUAGACUUUUAAGAUUUUUGCACACUAAUUAAAAAAUUACGAAC